AUGUCACAUAGUUGUUACUGUAACAUUAUAUUUGACAGUUGUCAUGGUGAAAUGUGGGGUCUAUAUAUUAAACAAUGUAUAGAAUUGAUGAAAGAAAAGACUGGUACAGGUAUUAAACAAAAGAGAAUAGAAAAGGUAUUGAAUGUAUUCAAUGAUGGUUCUAAAAGACAAUUACUAACAGAAGAACUAUAUAUACAGUGGAUUGAUAUUUUGGUGAAUGUUGGUUUAUUAAAGAAAGCUGAAGAGACUGGAUGUGAGAGUGUAAAGAAUUAUUGUACCAGUGUAAAAUUAUGGAAGAAGAGAUUGUUAUUAGCCGUACAGACUGGAAAACUAGAAGAUGAUAUUCUGAAAUUAUUUAAUUCUGCCAAGAAAGUGGUGAAUGAAAAGACUUAA